AUGUUUUCUGGCAUGCUGAACUUGCGGGACGCUCCACAGGAGCUGGUCAUCCUGACCAUGAACCUUCGGCGCUACGCCUGCGUUCCUAGGGACUGGCAGGCCUUGCAGAAAGAGCUGCGGCGGAUCCUAGUGGAUGUGCCGGAUGUGAUCUGCGUGCAGGAGGGCCUGGAGGGGAUGGACAUCCUCACGCAGGUGGGCUACAAGCGCAUCGCCUCCUCCGUUCUGCGGGCGCAAGCGCUGCGGGACGCGGUCUAUGGGAACGCGCCGGACCUGUCGAUGGUCAGCAGCUCCUUCCACGGGCGACUUCUCGUCAAUGAGCUGUACAUGCGAGACACCUCCAACUGGGAGGCCAUCGACAGCGGCGCGGCGCAGAUCUCCUCGGACGCCAUGCUGGACCUUGAAGGAGCUUUUGGAGGAGCUGGACAGCCACAGGCUCGGAACACGUGGCCUUUGGCCACACGCUCGGUGGUGUGGACCAAGCUGCGGCACCGCGCACGGCCCGCCGGGCCUUUCGCCUAUGUGCUGAACACCCAGCUCACCGGCGGCAACUUCGAGGACCAGUACUUUGCAGCUCUUGCGGAGGAGCGGCAUCAGCAGAUGGAGCGCCUGCUGGAGCUCUUCGACCGCCAUCUGCGGGUUGGGGAGGAAGACAUCGGCAUCCUCGCGGGGAGUUUGGGAGUGCAUCCGAAGGAUGCGGGGCCGCAAGUGCCCUUGGAUGCCUCCGACUUGGGGCUUUCCGUAGAGGAGCUGCGCCGGCGCUUCCAGGCAUACCUGGGCUCUCCCUUUCAGGUGUUGCGGAGCCACGGGUGGAAGAUGGCCUACCAGCAGCGGCAGGUGGGACCUACUUCCCCGGACGGCCUUUUGGUUGACCACAUGGCCACCAACCGCGAGGUGGCCGUGCACGCCGAGGUCCUCCCAUCAGCAUCUCAGACAGCGCUCUCCGACUACGACUUUGUCAAGGCGAGGUUCAGCCUGCGACUCCAAGCCCAGGAGGGUGCGGGCCAGGGCCUGGGCGCAGCGCGAGCUCCGGAGCGGCGAGUGGAUGCCAUGGUGGAGGGCCUGCGCAACGCGCAGUGGAUGAAUGACGGCGCCCUGGCGGCCGCGGUGAAGGCGGGCGCCAACCAACGCAUGCGUUUGCGCUGCGAGCAGGAGGACUUGAGACGUCAACUUUUGGUGGAGCGCCGGGAGGCCGACGAGCUGCAGGCGGAGCUGACCAGCGAGAUGCGCGAGCUCGGGGAUCGCUGCCAGGAGCAGGGCCAGACGGUGGGUUUGCUGACUCAGCGCCUGGCGGACGCCCGCAACGCCAUCCAGGUGGAGCUUCAGGAUGCGGCCACCGAGCGCGCGCGGCUCUCGGCGGAGCUCUUCAGCGAGGAAUCCCAAAGACAGCAGCUGCAGGACUCUCUUCAGCAGGAAGAAUCUGAAGCUUCCGCGCGAGUGGAGGCGGCGGAUCAGCAGUUGGCGUCCAUGGCCUCCGUCAGGGACUCCCUGCAGGCGCAACUCCAGUCCGCCCUGCGAGUCCAGACGGAGCUGCGGGAGCACAUCGCGGCGGAGCGGGACGGCCGGGCGGAGCUGGAGGUGGCCGGGGAGCGGGAGCUACUCGCAUGGGAGCGGCGCAAGGAGAGCAUGCAAGCCUCUCCCGUCAGCGAGAAGCUGAAAAGCAGUGAGUCCCAGCGGCUUCAGCAGCACCUCAACGCGGAGGCCGCCAUCUGCGAGCAGGAGGCGGCCACCUUCCGGCAGCGCGUCUCGCAGCUCUCAGAGGAGCUGCAAGAGAGCCAGGAGAACAAGCAGCGCGCUUUGGCCGCCCUGGGCGCUGUAGGGUGCGAGUGGCCCCUCUUGCGCGAGGAGGCGGCCGAGGCAGUGGAGCUGGCGAACAGCAAGGAGGCAGAGCUGGAGGGCGUCAACAGGCGAGCCAGAGAUCUGCAGAAGCAGCUGGAUAGCAUGAAGGAGGACAUUCUGCAGUGCCGCCAGGACCACCUAGCCCUAGAGCUCAAGGGUGAGCGUGACCUUUUGAAUGAGGAGGUGCAGCAGGAAGCCAUCCGCCAGGAGGAGCUGUUUCUAGAACUGGACUCCGCCAGGCGCUCGAGGAGUUUCCUGCAGUGCCUCUUCCCGCGCACGCAGCCGCCCUUGCCUCCGCCCACACCUGCGCCGCCAGAGAGGGCGAGGACGGCCUCUUUGCACGCGGAGAGGCAGCCCCCGCGUGGUGGAGCCCCAUCGCUGCCUAAGCGCGAGGGGCCAAUUGCCGCUGACACCUCCAGCGAGGAGUCCAGCGAAGAGGCUGCGCCGCCUAGGCGCCAACCACGUCCAGAAGGACGGCCUCCGGAGGAUUUCAUCGAAAGUGACGAGGACUACACCCACAAUCCUCUCAUGCGACGAGAUGGCCGGGGCCUCUCUGCGGUCAGGGCUUUGAGUGGGGAGCCGCCGCUCGAGCAGGAGGCGGUGGAGCUGGAAGUGGCGGAGGCGGAUGAGCCGUGGGCACCAAAGGAGCCGCCGGAGCCGCAGGUGCCGGAGGUGCAGCCGGAGGUUGAGGUGCCCGCUCUGCCGGAGGACGUCAAAGGCAAGGAGAAAGAGCCGACCCCGGCGGCGAAGAAGGCAGCUGACAAGAAGAAGAAGAAGAAGGCGCCGGCGAAUGAGCCCUCGAAGGACAGCACCAAGUCCGAUCAGUGGGCGACGCCGGUUUCAGGCCCGCCAGAGGAGGUGAGUGCUGCAGUGGCGGCAGAGCCAGUCAGUGUGAAGAUGGCGGCGCCGGUGUGUGAGGCGGACGACAGCAGCACAGAGGCCACGCCAAGCGGCGAGAAGGGCGAUAAGGACCUGAGCGCCUCCCUACUGACUCUCUUCCAGGAGAGCAAAGUGCCCAGCCUGCCGGAGUUGCGGAGCCUCCUGCAGAGCCGUGCCGAUCCGAACCAUCGCUACGAGGAGGAGUUCGAACUGCACAACGUGAAGUGGAACGAUGGCUGUCCACUGCAGUUCGGCGUCACCUCCGGGGACCGGACCAUUGUGCAGCUGCUGUUGCAGUACAACGGGGACAUCCAUCGGUCGAGCUAUAGCAAAAAGGCCGGCGCCAGUGGCCAGCUCUGGGUGGGCAACGCGCCCUUCGCAGCGCUGCCGGCGGACAACGUGGACAUGCUACAGCUGUUGGUGGAGAGUCACAGUGUGUCCCCGGACCUCGGCUCCACCGUAGGCGGCAAGCCCGGGGCGAAGAUGCUUUGGAAUUCCUCGUACUUCGGGGCCCUGAAGUGCACGCGCUACUUGCUGGAAGCGAGAGCGGCAGUUGAUGAGACAGCACCAUGGCAGGACAACACGGCGCUGAACUACACUCCUCUCCACGUGGCCGCUAGGGCGGGGAACGAGAAGUGCUGCGAGCUGCUGCUGCAGUUCUCCGCGGACAUGAAGGGGAAGUGCCACGUCAAGAUCACUGAGCAGGAGGGGUACAUCCUGAAGGGAGAUUGGUACUUCACUCCGCUCGACACGGCCAUUGAGAUGAGCCAAAUCUCGGUGGUGAAGCUGUUGCUUCAGAAGAAGGCGGACCUCAUCUCCGGCAAGGACGUUCAUUGCUUGACCUCCGCCAAGGACAAGCACUUGCGCGUGGACAGGCGCAACUACUCCUUGCAGAGCCUGCUGCGCAGCGGGAACAGCCGGGUGAUUUCCGAAGUGGCUCGGUCACUGCAGGAUCGAUGGCAGCAAAUGACCCUGCUCACGGUCCAGGACAUUGUUCGCUUCCUCGAAACACCAGGCGAUGCGCCCGUGGAGCUCAUGAAGGCACUCUUCCAUGAGCACAGCCAGAUCAAGUACUGGCUGACCGCCGCAAAGAGCGCUCGGGGCUGCAAAGGCAAUGGGGACAAGUACGACACCUACUUCCGCCCAGAGUACAUCAUGGCCGUCAAGCAGAGCCCGACUCGUGUGUACGCCCAAUCAGCCAACAUCCGGAAGAUGCUGGUGUACGGGCAGGUGCAGUACGUCAUCAACUUCACGGAGGGUCCUUCCAAUGAGGAUGUGGAGAAGCAUUGGAAGAACAGAUCCUACAUGGAGGACCAGAUCCCCCGCUUCGUGGAUCGUCUGGCGCCGCAGCCUACCAAGGACAGGCCCCUGAGCCAACGGCUGCGCGAACAGGUGAUGGGCGAGUGUACAUACCUGCCCGUGAACUUCUUUGCAUGCCUCGUUCCAAACAUGCACCGCAGCGAGGAGGUCUUGCUGGCCAUCGCCGACUGUCCAAAUCAGGAGAUUUUCCGCUUGCGCGAAUGCGAAGCAAUAGUGUCUUUCAAUUGGACGACUGUGCAGCUGACGCAACUCGUGGACCUCGGCAUCCAGGCGGUUACCUCGCUGAUGGUGCUGCUUAGUAUUUCCACCUUCCGGGACGAGGCUGCUGACUGGUGCAACAAGCUGCCUGUGUUCGCCGGCAUCGGCCUCCCCUUGGUGAUCCUCACUUUGCUCAUGAGGAUCGGGGAGGUGAUUGGCAAUCAGCUGCACAAGGCCUGGGAUGUUUACAGCGAGGUCGCACUUCAUCUUGCCACUCUAGCACUCUUCAUUGUCUUCCUGUCGAGCGGGGAAGUGAGCUGCCAGAGCCGCGGCAUUAUCGACAACUUGUGGAUGCGCUCGGCCAUCAUCUUGGUGAGCUCCCUGCGGCUGCUCACCUGCUGCGAUAUGAUGCGACUGGCGCUCUCGGAAGUGAACAUGAUCGUCACGCCCAUCCUCUCGGCGCUGAUGAAGUCACUGCCGUUUUGCAUCGCGGUCAUCUAUUUCGCCUUCAUUCUGUGGCAAGCCUACUGGACUUUGGAUGUGGAAGAGUGGCAGAACGGCUGGAAGGCGAUCAUCAUCGCGUGGCGCUUCGCGGUGUUGGGAGACUUCGAAGUGGAAGAGCUGGAGGGGCAGGAAGGCACGUGGCACCAGGAGGAUGACGGCAGCGGCGGCAUCAUGUUGACAUACGAGGAUCCGCAGCUGACCACCAACUCCACGGUGGUCCGCGGGGUCUUCAUUGUGCUCUGCGGCAUGAUGUUCCCGGUGCUGAUUAUGAACAUCCUGAUCUCUGUGCUGAGCGUGUGGCUCAGCUUCGCCCUGAAGAAUGUCUGGCUGGAUUUCCAGCAAGCAAGGGCGAGACGCGUGCUGAGAUACAAGGCCAUGACUAGAAUUUGGUCCUGCAAGCGGCGACAUCAGGAUACCGACUUGACUGAUUCUAACGCAGAGCCCUCCUCAACGCGAAGCCUCAACUUGAACAAGUUGAACAAUGGAGGCUCGCCGGGCUACAUUUGGUUUUCCGCCCCGAAGGAGGAGGAAAUCCUUCAAGACGAUAUCGACCCUGGGCUCAAUCUCAAGUUCAAGGAAGCCACCGAAGGUGCCAACCGGAUUGAGUCCAGGCUUACCAACUUGGAACGGAAUGUGCAGCUCCUCGUGGACACCACGGCGAAGAACGAGAAGCGGCGUCUAUGUAUGAGAAGAUCGGAGGCGGCGACGUGGCUUCCGUGGAUCCAGAGACACAAGAGGUGCGAAGCAAACCUUCGAGAAGGCGUUCACUGGGGCCCGCGACGCCUAGUUCGCGAGUUCCAUUCGGCGUACUGGAUGGGAAGGCAGACAAUCUACCGGAUGGAUGCGUCCUAUGGACUUGAGGUAAGCGGCAAGCAGCGCAACGCCAUGUCCGGCAACGCGACGCUGCGUUGGGGCAGACCGAAGAACGCCUCGGCGCCGCCCUGGCGGGCCAUGCAAGCAGCUCGCCAGGCAAAGCAGGCGAGGCAGAGCCGCCAUCGCCGGUGCAGUCACCACCAGCGCCUGCGCCUGCGCAACCGGCGCCUGCGCAACCGGCGCCAGUGCAACCGGCGCCAGCGCAACCGGCGCCAGUGCAACCGGCGCCAGCGCAACCGGCGCCAGCGCAACCGGCGCCAGCGCAACCAGCGCCAGUGCAACCGGCGCCAGCGGCGCCAGCGGCGCCAGCGCCAGCGCCAGCGCUGCCAGCGGCGCCGCCACAGGCAGAGGCCGGACGUCAGCUCGGAGAGACACCUCCGUGGCGUCGCCGCAAGGAGCCGAUGCGAUGCCGAUCCGCUCCCAGCCAUCCGCUUCCUUUAG